AAACCAGUGUCUGCCUCCCGACAAAGAAGAAGGAACAAAGAAAAAUCCCCACCACCUGCUGUCACUUUCCCUCUCCAAACCCUAAUUCAAAUCCCACCACAAGCCCGCAGGGAUCGCAAUCUCCCCCAACGAUCCUCCUCCACAAACUCCCCUUCCCCCGCCAAUCCCCAAUGGCGGACCCCUAGUUAUCAAUCCCUCAGCAGGGUAGGGUUCAUGGAUCAUCCCCCCCUCCUCCUCCUCCUCCUCCUCCUCCGCCAUGGCUCUCGUCGUUCGUUUCCCCGCCGCCGCGCUCCGCUUCUCUCCCUCCUCCCCCGCCGCUCCACAUUGCUAUCGCCACCGCCGACGCCACCGGAAGCCCCUCUUCUCCAAGGCCGCGGUGAGGGCGGAAGCGCGGCGAGAAGGAGGCGGCGGAGCGGCGGCGAGUGGGGCCGCCGUGGUGUGGUUCAAGAAUGAUCUCCGCGUCGACGACCACCCGGGCCUCGUUGCCGCCGCGGCACGGCACCGGAUCGUCGUGCCGCUCUAUGUCUUCGAUCCUCGGCUUUUGUCGGAUUAUUCAGAUGUAAUGCUUGGACUCCUACUUUCUGCUUUGGAAGAUCUAAAAGAGCUGUUGAAGUCUCAAGGUUCUGAUCUAAUUAUUGGAUUAGGGAGUGCAGAUGAUAUUAUUGCGAAUAUUGUGAAUGAGGUAAAAGCUAGCCAUGUGUUUGCAGAAGAGGAGGUAGAGUAUAGUCUUCGUAAUGUAAUUGUCAAUGUCGAAACAACUUUAUCUGCUUCAACUUUUUCAUGGGGUAGUCCUGAGCUUGUAUUUUGGAGAUCUCCGUUAUAUGAUAUUAAGAAUUUGAUGGAGCUACCUGAAUCGUAUGAUUUAUUUUUAAAGAUGCGAGCACCAACAACAGUUCCUCUUGCAGCUCCAAUCUUGCCUGUACUGAAUAUGGAAUCAAACCAAGGUGCUUUACCUACGCUUAAUGAAGUGAAGAAGCACUUGAAAGAAAAGAGUCACCAAGUAGAUGAGAGCUGGGUUUCUCUUAAGAAUGUAUCGGCUAAAACCUUUCUAAGAAAGGAACAAUCCAGUCAAGUAGUGGGAAAAACAGAUACUACAGGAAAUCUUAGCAAUUAUGGAGGAAAUAAUAAGGAAAUUUCAGCAACAUCCAGUAAUAUACGAAAGAUGAAACUUGUGAAGUCCAUGUUUGCAUCUGAAAAUGCAAGCGAAGUGAAAGGUGGAACGAAUGUUGUCUUAGAUGCCCUAGCUGCUUAUUUAAGAUAUCUAGAGGGUACAGCAAGGGAUGAUUGGCAAGAGCUGCAUGAGAAGUUACGGAAAACUGAAAGCAGGAAAGGAGCCUCAUUUUUUGCCUUGUUUGGUCCUGCUCUUAAGCUUGGAGUUAUAUCCAGGAGGAAAGUUUACUAUGAGGCCAUUAAGUAUGAAAAAGAACGUAAUGCCGGUUUUCUAUCCCCAUUUGGAUAUUCAGCACCUACGGUCACAGCUGCAGUUGAUGCUAUCUGCUCUAUGGAGUGGUAUUGGCUUUUGGCUUUGAAUUCCCAAAUAUGCAAUAAAGGGAUGUAUCCGAUAAGAAUUUGGAGAUGGAAAGGCUAUAUAAUUCAGUAUGCAGCUGUUGGUAAUGAAGGUCCUGCAAUUCUUUUUGUACAUGGAUUUGGGGCUUUCUUGGAGCAUUUCCGUGACAAUAUAGCUAGUGUUGCUGAAGCUGGAAACCGAGUUUGGGCAAUCACACUUCUAGGUUUUGGGAAGUCAGAAAAACCAAAUACCAUUUAUUCGGAACUUAUGUGGGCGGAAUUGUUGAGAGAUUUCAUUGUUGAUGUUGUGGGUGAACCAGCCCAUCUGGUUGGCAACUCCAUUGGUGGUUAUAUCGUUGCUAUUGUGGCUGGUUUAUGGCCUGCUUUGGUUCAGUCUCUGGUUCUCAUAAAUACUGCUGGUUCAAUCGUCCCAAGCUAUUCCUCUGUUCCAUUAAUUGAAGAAGAACGGCCUUCUGGGCUUGCAUGGUUGCAGGCUCGCCUCCUUUUGUUAUACUUGAGGACAAGAGCUGGAAACAUCCUCAAAAACUGUUACCCUGCUAAAACAGAAAGGGUUGACAAAAUGCUCGUAAAUGAUAUAGUGAGAGCUUCUUAUGAUCCUGGUUCAGCUACAGUUCUCGAGAGCAUAUUCAAUUUCAACUUGUCAAUUCCACUCAACUUUCUCUUCGACUCUUUCGGAGGAAAAAUCCUAAUCAUACAAGGGAUGAGAGAUCCGAUCACGAAAUCUGAGUUGUUCCUAUCAAUGCUUAGGGAGCAUUGCAGCGGGGUUGCAAUUAAAGAACUGGAUGCAGGGCAUUGUCCCCAUGACGAGCUACCGGUGGAAGUGAACUCGACAUUGAGCGAAUGGGUCAAGGCAACUGAUGUCAAACUCACCGUGGAAAAAGCUUAAACGUUUUCAGUGCUGAUGACAUUCACAUGUUUUUGAAAUUUUUGGAGUUUCAACUGCUUAUAUACGUAUUUAUGUAUCAAGAUGUUGUAACUGCACUUCACGCCUCUUGAGGUUUACUGCAAAUUAUGUUAGCCCUCUUUGUUUUAUAUUCUACUCGAUUUUUUCACUAUCGUAUGUUCGGCUCGUAUUGGUUA